GGACAUGUGAACCGACCCGCUUCUGGAAUAGAGGGAUGGCUUGUUCCCUCUUAUUAAAUUCCGCGAACUGUGCUCUUAAUCCUCUUUCCCUUUCCCUGCCACGGCGCCACUUCUCCGUCGCUCGCCGCCGAGUCGCUGCCGCCCAGCGCACCCGCCGGAGAUCCCGACGCCGAUCCCCAGAGGGCUACGGAAUGGCGUCGACUUCCGCAGCCCCGACCACUUCGCCGCUCCGCCGGAAGGACGCUGGCGGCGGAUUCAAGGGAUACGAGGAUGAAGAAGCGGCGCUGCGUCCUCUCGAGCCCGAUCGUGCUGAGGUCGAGACGUCCUCAUCCGACCGUGGCGUUAGAACUUCCAGAUCAAGGAAUAAGUUAGUUUCAGUUAAAGAAGAAAAAUUAUCUGGCCAGAUUACAGGAGAGGAAUAUUUCUCCAAUGCUAAAAAUCCUCUGAAAAGCCCAUCCAUGGCUAGCAGAUUAACAUGUUUUGGGGUGGAUAUGACCCCUGACAACUUGGCAGUUGCAAUUGUGUAUUUUGUACAAGGGGUUUUAGGCCUUGCAAGGCUUGCUGUAAGCUUUUAUUUGAAGGACGAUCUCCAUCUUGAUCCGGCAGAGACAGCAAUUAUAACUGGUCUAUCUUCUUUGCCGUGGUUGGUCAAGCCUCUUUAUGGAUUUAUUAGUGACUCAUUCCCACUUUUUGGCUACCGAAGGAGAUCAUAUCUAUUUUUAUCUGGGAUUCUUGGGGCACUUUCAUGGAGCUUAAUGGCUAUUUUUGUUGACAGCAAAUAUAGUGCUGGACUUUGUAUUCUUCUUGGAUCCCUUUCAGUUGCCUUUUCUGAUGUUGUGGUUGAUUCUAUGGUUGUUGAAAGGGCUCGUGGAGAGUCACAGAGCACCUCAGGAUCCCUUCAGUCUUUAUGUUGGGGAUCUUCGGCCUUUGGGGGGAUUGUGAGUGCAUAUUUCAGUGGUUCACUAGUGGAUGCAUAUGGAGUAAGAUUUGUUUUUGGAGUCACUGCUUUCCUUCCACUGAUGACAUCAGCUGUAGCUCUUCUUGUAAAAGAACAUUCUUUGGCUUCUGCUACAGCACAUAGUUUGUCAAGUAGUAAUUCAGGCUUCCUACAGAGCUCUAAGCAAGGCGUAUUGCAGUUGUGGGCUGCCAUCAAGCAGCCAGAUAUCUUUUUGCCAACGUUAUUUAUGUUCUUGUGGCAGGCAACUCCACAUUCAGAAUCUGCCAUGUUCUUUUUUGUUACAAAUAAACUCGGAUUUACUCCAGAAUUUCUUGGGCGUGUCAAACUUGUUACUUCAGUGGCAUCCUUGGCUGGUGUUGCAUUGUAUAAUUCAUUUCUGAAGAAUGUUCCUCUUAGAAAAAUAUUUCUCCUAACUACACUUACUGGCUCAGCCCUCGGGAUGACACAGGUAUUGCUUGUCACUGGAUUUAACAGACAACUUGGUAUUAGUGAUGAAUGGUUUUCUAUUGGAGACUCUUUAAUUAUAACAGUUCUCAGUCAGGCUUCCUUCAUGCCAGUUUUGGUGUUAGCAGCAAGAUUAUGUCCAUCUGGCAUCGAAGCUACUUUGUUUGCCACACUCAUGUCCAUUUCAAAUGCAGGCAGUGUCUCCGGGGGCCUUAUCGGUGCUGGCUUGACUCAAUUCCUCAAUGUUACAAAGGACAACUUUGAUAACCUAGCUACAUUGAUUGUGAUUUGCAAUCUCAGCUCAAUGCUGCCUUUGCCCCUACUUAGGCUACUCCCAGAGGAAAAAGAAGACUCAAAGGUUAUUGAUCUUGAACAAGCAAAAUUAAGCUGAGGACAAUACUGUAGGGAAUAAAUCUGUUCAUUCCAAAUCCCAACUCCCAAAACUUAUACUGUUAGUGGUUUCGCCAUGUUAAACUUAGGAGUCAAACUCUAUUUAUUAUAAGCGAUGAUUUGCAUUAUUUUGUUUCAAAUAUUGAGUGAGCAUGUGGGAAUGAAAGGGAAAGCAACUGUUGCAAACCACGCUGGGUUUUGUUAUUGUUGGUCUGGAUAAGUGCAAGGAAUAUUUAAUUA